AUGGUAUCUCUAUCUAUCUAUCUAUCUAUCUAUCUAUCUAUAAUACUUCUUAUACUUCUAUACGUAUCUAUCUAUCUAUCUAUCUAUCUAUCUAUCUAUCUAUCUAUCUAUCUAUCUCUCACAGUCUAUUCGUAUGUAUGCAUCUAUCUAUCUAUCUAUCUAUCUAUCUAUCUAUCUAUCUAUCUAUCUAUCUCAGUCUAUUUCUAUCUAUCUAUCUAUCUAUCUAUCUAUCUCAUAAGUAUGUAUGUAUGUAUGUAUGUAUGUAUGUAUGUAUCUAUCUAUCUAUCUACAUACGUACCUACCUACCAAUCUCAUAUUUUUAUCUAUCUAUCUAUCUAUCUAUCUAUCUAUCUAUCUAUCUAUCUAUCUAUCUAUCUCAGUCUAUUCCUAUCUAUCUAUCUAUCUAUCUAUCUAUCUAUCUAUCUCAGACUUUUCAUAUCUAUCUAUAUAAAUAUAUUAGAUACCGAUUUUCUUUCUUUCUUUCUUUCUUUCUUUCUUUCUUUCUUUCUUUCUGUUUGGUAUGAUUUUCACACUGUUGUUGUUCUCUUUCAUUUAACGGCACCCUCCGCAAUGCUCCAACAGACAGAGAUGUCAACUCUCCGUGCGUUCCUCAAGCAAACAUAUUUGUUUUGUCCGUCCUAA